UCUGAAAGAUAAGGAGUAAAUUAAAUUAUUGAAAUCGUUUAAAUACUUGUGAAAAUUGACACGAACGGAUUAGGAACUGAAGGAAAGGAGAGAAAAGUUAGUGGAUAAUGUAAAUAGCUACGUCUCAUCCCCCCCAGAUUAGAAAAAUUUGAAGAGAUAAGAAAAAAACAAAUAUACAUGAGAAAGGAACUAGGAUAUGCCAAAUAGUGAUAGGAAUAGGGUUCAAAUCGGAAGAAAAUUGAGGAGAAGUUUGGAGUUCAUCCGGAAUAGGGGACCAGCAGGUAUGACUCCGCCAGUAACUCGCUCACAAGCUAAUCAAGAGGAGAAAUUGGAGAACAUAUCGGCACCCGAAGGCAUGGAGUCGCUAAGGGAGCAGAAUCCUGAAGGAAUUGGAAGCGGAAGUCCAGGAGAAGCUAGUGGUCUUCAAGCGGUAGGCGGAACCGGGGCCAUACCAAAGUCUUUGCCAUCUGAGAUAAAAUCAGGUGUUAAUGCGGCACUGGUUCAAGCUCAACAUACGUACCAGGUGGGAAUGUCGACGGAGUACGAAAUGUUUAAACAGCAGAUGCAGCAGGAUAUGAUGCAGUUCAUGAAGGACAUCAAUGACUGCAUGGCGGAGUGGCGCAGGGAUUUCGUGAAGGAAAAAGCAGCAUGGCAGGCAUCUACGCAGGUUCGCCAGGCCCAAGGACAGCAAGUUGGACAGGGCCAAAUACCCUCUUCGGGGACGCCGAUGCCGCCACCUCAUGGCCUUGCCGAGCAGCCGCGGGCAAAUCCGAGUCAGGUGCCACCAUUCGACCCGAGGAUGCUACAACAACCUCCGCCAAUCAUACUGCCGGGGGUAAGUCACCACAUGGGUUUCCCGCCGCCAACAUCUGGGGCGCUGUCCGAGAAGCAGGAGAUAAAUCGCCACGCAUCGGAAGGGUAUCGGCAAACCGCCUGGUCGACGGAGCAGGAACCAAGGAGAUGGAAUGGGUCUCACAUGACGCCGCCAGAAAAUCCUCCUGGAAACGGCGGGGCUCAUAUCAACUUCAAUCCAGGACCGGAUCAGCGUCGGUCAAGCGGGGCAGUGGGCGAUUCUGCGUUUAAAGCCGGCCAACUGCGGAAGUGGGGGCUCAGUUUUGAUGGAAGUCCCAGAAGCAUGCCCGUGUCAGAGUUUAUAUUCCGCCUCGAACAUCUCCAAAGGUCGUAUCAGGUGCCGUGGAAGGAGGUCCUAAGAGAAUUUCACGUGUUAGUUGAAGGACAAGCCAAGGAAUGGUACUGGAUGUACGUGAGGUCAACGGAGAAGCAAGAGUGGACUUACCUGAGGUAUGCACUACAGCAGCAGUUCCAGAGUCACCGAUCCAACUUCGAGCGAGAGUAUGAGCUGCGAGAACGGAAGCAGAAGCCGGGAGAAACGAUCGAGGUGUAUAUCCAGACCAUGCUAGCGCUCAGAUCUCGACUAGAGAUGCCGUUUUCCGACUUUGACCUAAUAAAAGUAAUAAAAAUGAACAUUAGGGAUCAGAUUUCGAGAAUUAUAUACCCGAUAUACAUCACUAAUAUGGAUCAACUCCGACAUGAAUGCCACGACGCGGAGAGGAUAUUGGCGACUCGGUGGACCCGACAUCCCAGCAACCUCGAAACUCACCGAGGGUAUAAAGAUCGUCCGAGGAUCGAUGAGCUUUGUCCGGAAUCAGUCGGAGAAGAGAGUGUACCUGGAGAACAAGAGGAAGUGGAGGCAUUAGCUAGACACUGGGAGACCAACAGGGAACGACAGCCACUGACAUGCUGGAAUUGUGGAACCGUGGGACACCCAUUCAACGCGUGUGAAUCGGAGGUGUUGAAGGUGUUCUGCUUCAAGUGUGGACUACCCGGUGUGAGGACUCCAAGAUGUACUCGAUGCCAGACGGGAAACGGCAUGAGGAGCUUGGGCAAGAACGAGGAACCACGCUCCAAUCCGUUUGCCAUGAACAAGUGAAAGCCUCGUCAAAUUGCAUGCCUAAUGAUAAGGAUAGCUGUAAGGAGAAUAAAAUUAGUAAAAUUAUGAUAAACAUAAAUAGACCAGAACAUACCAUUAAAUGGUCGACACGUGAACCGAUAGCAGUCCGAGAAGCACAUUACCAAGAGGUCAGGAACCGAAUAUUUGGGAAAAAUGAUCCGGACCGGAACAUUUCGCCAAAAAUUGCCAGAGCCCGUAGGAGAAGUCAGCAGCGGAAGGCAGAAAGAAGGAUGAUUUGUUCGGCCAUCAGAGCAGCGGUGGAAGGCGACAACAGACCAUUCGCACAGGUGAAGAUCGAAGACCUGGAGGUCGUGGGUCUCUUGGAUUCCGGGGCAUCAGUAAGCUUGCUUGGGGAAGGUUGCCUAGAAACAGUGGAAAGGUUAGGACUGAAAUUAGAGAGAUCACAAUCGAUAAUGAAAUCAGCAGGAGGUACACAGCAUCGAGUAGUGGGGAAGAUUCAACCCAGCAUCUCGUAUAAUGGGUUAACACAUCGAUUGCCGAUACUCCUUUGUCCAUCCUUGAAGCAAAAAUUAUACCUGGGCAUAGAUUUCUGGAGAAAAUUCGAAUUGGCACCAGAGGUGGUGGGCGUAGAAUCCUUGCACCAGGUGGAAUCCGAAUUUAUGGCCAAAGGAGAACCGAUAGAGGCACAUAUCCUAUCCCCCGAGCAGACUGAGCAACUGGAAGAAGCAAAAGGACGUUUUCUGACCUAUGAAAGUCAAGGAUUAGGACUCACCAAAGUAGAAGAACACUCGAUCCAGUUAGUUGAAGGAGCUGUACCCGUCAAGGAGAGAUUCUUUCCCGUGUCUCCGGCGAAACAACAACUGCUAUUCGCAGAAGUCGAUGAAAUGCUACGGUUAGGAGUCAUCGAGGUAAGUGAAAGUCCCUGGAACAACCGAACGACACUGGUACAGAAACCUGGAAAGAAUAGGCUGUGCUUAGACGCGAGAAAACUGAACACACUUACAGUGAAGGAUGCUUACCCGCUACAGAACAUUGAGUCGAUUUUGAGCCGGGUGGAUGAGACGAUUUUCAUCAGCAGUAUCGAUUUGAAACAUGCGUUCUGGCAAGUGGAACUCGAUGAGAAAAGUCGUCCCUUGACUGCUUUCACAAUACCUGGAAGGCCACUGUAUCAGUUUCGACGGAUGCCAUUCGGGUUAUGUAAUUCGGCUCAAAGGUUGUGUAGGGUAAUGGACAAGGUAAUCCCACAGCGUCUUCGCAGCCGCGUCUUUGUAUACUUGGAUGACUUGCUGAUGAUAUCCAAGACUUUCGAAGAACACUGCAUGUUGCUGAAAGAAGUGGCAGAGUGUUUGAAUAAAGCAAAUUUGACGAUCGGGCUACACAAGUCAAAAUUUUGUUUUAAAUACUUGCGAUAUUUGGGAUUCAUAAUCGGUGAUGGGGCCUUGCGGACGGAUCCGAAGAAAGUUGAGGCGAUUAUGAAGAUAGAGGUGCCCAAAAAUACGCGACAACUACGCAGCUUCUUAGGAACCGCAGGCUGGUAUCGCAGAUUCAUCCAAAAUUUCUCCGGUGUAAGUGCGCCGCUCACGGACUGCCUUAAAAAUAAAACAAAAUUUAUGUGGACGGAGGAAGCAACUACGGCAUUCGAAACGCUGAAGAAAGCACUUACCUGUGCGCCGGUAUUAGCUCAUCCAGACUUUGGAAAACACUUCUGGAUACAGUGUGACGCCAGCCAUGUAGGAAUUGGGGCAGUAUUAUACCAGCAAGACGUCGAAGGAUCGGACCGGCCAAUAGCAUUCUUUUCGGCGAAGCUGAGAGGAGCACAACUCAAUUACAGUGUAACGGAAAAAGAGUGUCUCGCAGCAGUAAAAGCCGUAGAAAGAUUCCGUCCCUAUGUGGAGUUGAUGCCGUUCACGAUCGUUACCGACCAUGCAAGCCUGCAAUGGCUUAUGACGCUCAAGGACUUGAACGGGAGGCUGGCGCGGUGGUCAUUAGCGUUACAGGCAUUCGAUUUCAACAUAGAGCAUCGGAAAGGGAAAGACAACAUCGUGGCCGACAUGCUAUCUCGGCCGAAUGAAACCGCCGAAGUAGAGUUCUUCGAGUUUGAAACAACUGAAUUUGAGAGUCCUGAAUACCUGGAAAGACUGCAGUUGGUUGAAGAGCAAGGAAGAGAUAAAUUUCCGGACUUACGUGUGGAAGAAGGACUUCUAUUCAAGAAGACACACUUCAAUAGAGAGGGAAGUGGGGAAUUUGAAUGGAAACUGUGGAUUCCGGAAGCAUUGACGACAACUUUAAUCCAGCAAGCCCACAGCGGUGACAUGGCGAUGCAUGGGGGUAUGGCAAAGACCUUGGCGAGACUUCAGCAGAUGUAUUACUGGCCCAAAAUGGUAGUUCAAGUCCGAGACUUUGUAGCAGCCUGCGAAAACUGCAAAGAGAACAAGCACACCACACAGAUAAAGCGACCAGUGAUGGGGAAGGAAGUACGGACAGAUCGACCCAUGCAAAAGAUGUACCUGGAUUUCUUAGGAAAAUAUCCGCGGUCUCGCCGAGGAAAUACUAUGCUAUUUAUCGCAUUAGAUCACUUGACCAAGUUUGUGUGGCUAAAAGCGAUGCCGAAGGCCACGUCGACAGCUGUAAUCCGAUUCCUGCAAGAAGGAAUAUUCACCCAAUUCGGAGUUCCGGAAACAAUCCACACGGACAACGGAAGGCAGUUUGUAUCCAAGGAAUUCGAGAAUAUGCUACAAGAAUAUGGAAUUACACACAUGAAGACAGGGAGAUACGCACCACAAUCCAAUGCUUCGGAGAGAGUGAACCAAUCCGUAUUAGCAGCAAUCCGAGUAAACAUCCAAGAUGACCACACGCGAUGGGAUGAACACUUACCGGACGUACAAGCGUCGCUGAGGUCAUCCAUACAUAGCAGCACCGGAACUUCGCCGUAUUUUGCCAUGUUCGGACAGCACAUGUUCACGAACGGGAAAGAUUACUCGCUGGCUCGCAAGUUGAAUGCCCUGAAUGAAGCUGAGAUAGCCCAAUUGCCCAGGUCGGAACGACAACAGCUAUCCAGAGAAAGAAUAAAGGAAAGGAUACAUCAGGCCUACGAGAAAGCAGCGAAGAGUUAUAACUUAAAGGCCCGAGAGAUUCGAUACUCACCGGGACAAGAAAUAUACAAGAGAAACUUUGUCCUAAGUGACUUCAGCAAGAAUAGAAAUUCCAAGUUUUGCAGAAAGUACACUAAAUGUCGAGUCACAAAAGCGUUGGGAAACUCUUUGUACGCUUUAGAAAACUUGCGCGGCAAUCCUUUGGGAGUUUUCCAUGCAAAGGAUCUGAAACAAUAGUGCCCGGCUAGCAAAUCACACUCACCAGGCAUUAAUCUCAGGGUUGUGGGCGGUGGCCUACGUUGGGAAGUACAACCAGCAGAACACGCACAUCCUCCACUCCAGUUCCGAGACGAGCAUCGAAACCGUGGUGUGCUUGUUAUGUGCUAAAUGAUAAGGAAAUAUGCACAAGUUGUAAAUUUAGCAAAGCUGUUUACAUUAGGACUGAUAACGAUAGUCGAAAAAUCGAUACAACACUAUCGACGACUCGUGAGUUCAGGGAGUCGUGCAGCUUGGACAAGUCAUGGAACUGGUUCCUUAAACCGGAUAACUCCCAAAUGAACCAAGGUUUAAAUUCGGAAAGUUUGAGUGGUUUUUGGGCUAAGAGAGGCUUGAAAAAUUGAAACAAGCAAGGGUGUUUAAAGGGCAAAUAUAGUUGGUCGCAGACGGUUCUGGUGGACAAAAAAAAAAAUAUAUAAGAUUAGAAGUCAAGUUCCAAAUAUUCCGUGAGGGAAAAGUCUGGAGCAGGAAAAUAUUCUGACGUAAGGAGAGACGAAGACCAGCCACCAGGAGGAGAUCUACAUUUUCGACAGGAAAAUUGGCCGCUCAUCCUCGGGUGGCCCCAGGUUUUUAUUCGCCCCUUACAUUUGCCACAGAAUUAGCAAAAGGUUCCCGAAAGCUACAAGCGGCAAACCAAUUCAAAAAGCCGAAAAUUAAUACAACAAAAUUUGAGACUGAUGAUAUUAAUUAUGUAACCCGCCCAAAUUAAGUUAUUCCUAAUUAUAUCCAUUUAAAUUAUUUAUUUAUUUAACCUAUUUAUUUACUAUUGGAAUAUUGUUUAUUGUUAUUUAUUUAUUUAUUUAUAUAUAUAUAUAUGUGUUCCCUGUGAAAGUGCGGUACCGUAGGUAGGGUUAUAAAAUGUUAAAAUUUAAGCAAAAAUUAUGAAUUAUAACGUGAAAACGAAAUGAAGUCGUGUGAGUAGAGAUUCGUGUUGGGGGUGAGAUGAGUUAGGCGAGGUAGCAGGAUCCACCGACCAGGAUUGGGAGAUGUGUCCAAAUGAUGUUGAAGGAUACACUCAUGGUUGGGAGGGACUCCAGGACCACAAUAAGAUCCGUGUUGUCCAGUCCAGAUGUUCGAGAAAAAUCCGUCGUGAAAUUGCCAGUUGUCCGAGUUUGAAUUUCCGUUUUGUUUGUUUUUUUUUUGUUGUGUCUGCUGCGUAGACAACAGUGUUGGUUGUUCCCCUCCCUGGGAUGUUCGUUGACUAGCCGGCAUAUACAC